CGGCGUCACUGAAAAGUCCACGCGAGUAACGGAGAAACUUCACGAAUGUAAAUAGUAAGCGUACAAGGAGGAUACGUCCUCGCGCAUUCUCUCUAUUUCCUUCUUUUGACUAAUGCGAACAUGCCACGCAAAAAGCCUUUUAGUAACAAACAGAAAAAGAAGCAGCUCCAGGUGAAACGCGAGAAAAAGAGAGGAGAAACCGGUUCGAGUCGCAGUAGCCGAAAUGCCAGUGUGGAGAGAGGACCUGGCAGAGACAGACAGUCGGAUACAUCAGACAGCGAGACGACAGACAUCAGGAGGAUCAACCAUCAGCCUGGUACCAGAGAUGGCAGAUAUGACCCCAACAGAUUCCGUCUGCACUAUGAGAAGGAGAGCAAGGAGGAAGUGGAGAAGAGGAAGAAAAUAGCGAUGGAGAAAAUCCUGAAGCCGGUGGCAGAAAAGCAACUAGAGAUUGAUAUGACCCAGAUCUACCCAGAAGAGAAAGGCCUGGAUUUCCCACGCCGGCCCUCGUGGCAUUACAACAUGCAGCGAGAGGAGUUGCUGCGGAAAGAGGAGAAGUCAUUUCUGGAGUAUCUGGAGGCUCUUAACUCCAAAAACCCACCCGGUACCCUCAGCCACUUUGAGCACAAUCUCGAGACAUGGAGGCAGCUGUGGAGAGUAAUGGAGAUGUCUGAUGUCAUUCUCCUCAUAGUGGAUAUCAGACACACAGUGCUGCACUUUCCUCCUGCUCUGUAUCACUACAUCACUGGUGAGUUAAAGAAGUACAUCAUCCUGGUGCUCAAUAAGGUGGACUUGUGUCCCGCCCCGCUGGUUUUGGCAUGGAAACACUACCUGACUAAACAGUUCCCACACCUGCACUGUGUCUGCUUCACCUCGCACCCAGGACAACCCUACAGAACGCUUCUACAGAAGAAAAGGAUGAGGAAGAAAGCAGGAUGGAAUCAGGCUGGAGGACCUUUUCACAUCAUGAGGGCAUGUCAGGAGAUCACGGCAGGAAGAGUGGAUUUGAGUAGCUGGGAGAAGAAGAUCCAGAGGGAUGCUGUUGCUGUGGGAACAGAGGGGGAUCAAGCUGAUGAUGGAUCGGAAUCUGUGUUGAUGGAGCAUCAUAGUGAUGUUGCCAUGGAAAUGAACAGCCCCACGCAAGAACUUUAUAAAGAUGGAGUACUAACAUUGGGCUGCAUAGGUUUUCCUAAUGUAGGCAAAUCUUCAGUGCUAAACAGUCUGGUCGGCAGGAAGGUCGUGAGCGUGUCUCGAACCCCAGGUCACACUAAAUAUUUCCAAACAUACUACCUCACUCCCACUGUUAAACUGUGUGAUUGUCCUGGGCUUGUCUUCCCUUCCCAAGUGGACAAGCAGCUACAGAUCCUGGCUGGUAUAUAUCCAGUGUCCCAGCUGCAGGAGCCUUACAGUUCAGUAGGAUACUUGUGUGAACGGACCAACUUCCUGUCUGUGUUAAAGCUGACACAUCCUGACCACAGCCCAGGAACCCCACAAGACCCCAAAACACAGGACUGGACAGCAUGGGACGUGUGUGAAGCCUGGGCCGAGAGGAGAGGGUAUAAAACUGCUAAGGCGGCCCGUAACGAUGUCUAUAGAGCAGCCAACAGUCUCCUGCGUUUGGCCAUCGACGGACGGCUGUGCCUAUGUCUGCGACCACCUGGAUACGUUCAGAGUAAAGAUGAAUGGGAAUCACACCCAGACCUGGCCGAGAUCAUUGCUCUACAAGGAAGGAAGGAAGAAGAGGAUGAGUGUGGUGACAGGGAAGACGACGAGGACGAAUCCAGUUCCGAGCUGGAGGAGGACAACGAUCGGGAUGCCGACGAUGAUGAGGAUGCUGAUGGAGAUGAUGAAGAUGAUACCGUGAAGGCUGACAGGAAGGGCCUCACUCUCAACAUGUUCAGUGUGCUGGGAGAGAACGAGUGUGAGUGAGGGAUGAGAUCCAUGUUCAUGCAUUCCAGUUUCUUUAUUUAUCAUUGAUCUCUUUAUGACCAUCUCAUUUCAAUCUGCAACGUGUCAAUCAAAGGACUGUAUAAAGUUUUGAAUUUAAACGCUACGCAUUUAUUUAGCAUUUGACUCGUUGCGAACUUAUACAGCCCAUUGUAUAGACAACACACUCCCCAUUCUACCUAUUUUUGCUGGUUUUGUGUUCUAUUUUUCAGCCUCUCUGUGCCUCUGUACCUUCCCUGCUUUUCAUUUAUCAUCAUCGGAAAUGUAUCAAAAUGUUUGGAAAACUUUUGUACCUCCUGCAUGCAGCCUUUUCCCUUUUUGAGAGGGCAGAAGGAAUGUCUGUACAACCAGUGAUUGUGCAAUUAGUGUUAAAAAAAACAAACACUGAUGAAUACAAUUGCUGAUUUAUCAUCAAUCUCAAAGCAGUGAUGCCAAAGGUCAGGUGAGGUCAAAGGUCGCUGCUUUGACCUCAAACUGAGUUGCCCAUGUGAAUGUAUUUUACCCUCAGUCUCAGUACCAUAAACCUCUGUAUGCAGGGCAGAACCAGCCGUGUUUGAGGAAUAGAGAUAGAGGCCAGGGACAGGCUGUUGACUUUAGAAGAUUGUUCUGAUAAAAAGAUGUUAUGGACACUUAAAGCACUUUUUAAAGCAACCAGCAGUCUUUUAUUGUUGAAUACUUUAAUUUCUGAGCAGAUAUAUACGUUUAUAAUGCGGACAAUGGAGUGAAGGUGUUGUUUAGAGUUGCGGUGGGAGUGAUGUUCUAGACUAUGCAAAGUUUACAGAGACAUCAGAAAAACCUGAAAGAAGUGUUCCAGUUAUAGAAGUGAGAUUGUGUAACACAUUGUACAUGCACACUAACACAAGCCACUCGAAGAUUUUGGAGUCAUGUUGUUUUGGACUAAAAAGUGCAUUUGUUAGAGAGUGGGUUGGUUUUGAAGAACUCAAGUUUGUGCACGUUUGCUAUAGGACUCAGGUAACAGUGAUGAUGUGCAGAGAUACCGAUACAAGGGUGCUGGUUUCCUGCUUUUCAGCCUCCAGUCCUGCAUGCCCUUGCUUAGGGAUUUCAUGUGGGUGUGUCUUUGUUCGUGUGGGUGUGAUAGUGUGUGGAUCAUUCUUUCUUUAUUAAAAUUUUAUUAUACUGACAGAAACAGCCCUCUGCAAUAAAAAUGUUCCCUUGA